AUGAACCAGGCCUCGCUCUACCAUCGCGCCAACCAGGUGCAGCGUCAUGAUGCCAAGCUCAUAUUGGAUGAGUAUUCCUCGAUACUCCAGUGGCGUUCCGAUGGCCAGGACUCGCUGUUGGAUGUGGGUUCCGGAUCGGGCAAUGUGCUGAUGGAUUUUGUGUAUCCUUUGCUACCAAAGAGCUAUGAACAGCUCGUUGGCACGGAUAUUUCCAGCAAGAUGGUGGGUUAUGCCAACAACUGUUAUCAACGCUAUGCGAGAACACAGUUCCAGGUAUUGGAUAUUGGUUGUGAACGCUUGCCAGAUCAGCUCAAGGGACGUUUUGAUCAUGUUACAUCAUUUUAUUGUCUGCAUUGGGUGCAGAACCUUUCUGCAGCUUUAAAUAACAUUUAUGAAUUGCUAAAAAAUGAAGGUGGCGAUUGUUUACUUGCCUUUCUUGCCACCAAUCCAGUUUAUGAAGUGUACAAGGUUCUUCACAAGAACGCAAAAUGGGCAGCCUACAUGCAGGAUGUGGAACAGUUUAUUUCGCCUCUACAUUAUAGCUCUGAUCCUGCACAGAAAUUCACUCAACUUCUGGAUGAAGCCGGCUUCCAUUUCAAAAAUGUUGAGGUGCGCAGCGAGGUCUUCGUUUAUGAGGGUGUUCACACAUUAAAGGACAAUGUUAAGGCGAUUUGUCCUUUCCUGGAUCGUAUUCCAGUUGCUCAGCACGAAGAAUUUCUCGAUGAUUUCAUUGACGUCGUUAUCUCCAUGAACCUUCAAGAGGAUCAGCAAUGCGAUGUCGAUAAGGAUCAGUUGCAACAGCGCUUUAAAUCACCCUAUAAGCUGCUUGUGGCCUAUGCCCGUAAGUCAUCUGAUUUAUUAGACAAUGUGCUUAGCGAAAUGUCCAGUACAAGGAGUUUUAAAGGUGUCACAUAGCCUACAGUCAACUUUAAAAUUUGUAUCUUUAAAAUAACUUGUCUUAUAGAUAAAACAAGGGGAAAUAUAGCUAAUAUAUUUUAAUAAUUAUGAAUAAAUGUUGUUCAAUAGGAAGCAUACAAAUGUUAAAGGUAUUGCACUCCUAUUUAAUUAAUAAAAUGUUAGAUUUUAAAAUGAGCGUCUAAAAAAAUAGUUAAAUUUGCAACUGUCAAAAUUGUUCUUAAUAAAAACAGGAAAUCAAACCAAAAAA